AUGAAAAUCGCGAUGGAAAACGACAAGCAAAACAAGAGCCACCAAGGCACCAAGCAACCUGGACCCGAGGCCAACGCCCACGAAUACCCAUCAACAGCCAAGGGGCUCACGAUCAUCAUCGCAAUCAUGACAUCCAUGUUCCUGGUGUCUUUGGACCGAACAAUCAUCGCAACAGCGAUCCCCUACAUCACUGACGAAUUCGACCCCGAAACACCCUCAGCCUCUGCUCAGCAAGAACUAAUCAACACAGACUCUAUAAAAGACAUAGCCUGGUACGGCAGCGCCUACCUCCUCCCAAACAGCAGCCUACAACUCCUCUUCGGUAAAAUCUACAAAUUCCACAACACACGGUCCAUCUUCCUCUCCUCAAUCCUGCUCUUCGAAAUUGGGUCCGCCGUCUGCGGCGCCGCGCCCUCGUCAACGGCUCUCACAAUUGGACGGGCAAUCGCAGGCGCUGGCUCCGCGGGAGUGAUGAGCGGUGUUAUGCAGAUCCUUGUCUUCGUUGCGCCGCUCGAGAAGAGACCUGUCUACGCUGGCCUGAUUGCGAGUGUAUCUGCCAUUGCGUCGGUUGUGAGUCCGCUUCUUGCAGGCGCGUUUACGGAGAAUGUUUCGUGGCGCUGGUGCUUUUAUAUUAACCUACCUAUUGCCGGGGUUGCGGUUGUGGCUGUUUGGGUUCUUGUAAGGAUUCCUUCGCCUGCCGGGUCUGGACUGUCUUUCAAGGAGAAGGUUGGACAGCUGGACCUACUGGGGCUUGUUGUUUUUGUUCCUUGUAUUGUCUGUCUCGUGUUUGCACUUCAGUGGGGUGGAUCGACCUACACGUGGGACGACGGACGGAUCAUCGCGUUGUUGGUGGUUUUCGGAGUGACACUACUAACCUGGCUGACCAUCCAGUACAUCAAAAAAGAAUACGCCACCGUCCCGGGAAGGAUCUUCUUCCAGCGAAACAUCCUGUCCGGCAUCGGCUUCGCAACCGCAACAAUGUCCGCCAUGACGCUUCUGGUGUACUACAUCCCAACCUGGUUCCAAGCCGUGAAGGGCGACAGCCCCGUAAAUGCAGGGCUAUCAUUCAUCCCGUUCCUCUUCUCUCUCGUCAUCGCAUCAACGCUCGGCGGCCUCGUCACCAGUAAACUCGGCUACUACAAUCCGACCAUGCUCCUCAGCUGUAUAAUCGCUCCCAUCGGGGUUGGCCUGCUGACAGCUAAGUUCAGUCCCAAUACUACGCAUCCGACGUGGAUCGGUCUGCAGGUUCUCUGUGGCUUGGGGAUUGGGCUGGGACAGCAACAGUCGAUCAUUGCCGUGCAGGCUGUUCUGCCACCAGCGGAUAUCCCGAUUGGGAUGGCCCUUGUUUUCUUUGGGCAGCAGCUUGGUGGGACUAUCUUUCUAUCUGUUGCGGAGACGGUUUUUAGUGAGAGUCUCCUUAGUGGGUUGAAUGGCAUUCGUGGUCUGGGUGCUGGGACGGCGGCGAGUAUUGCUUCUGCUGGUGCGACUGAAUUUCGACAUCUUGUGCCGCCGGGGUUGAUGCCGGAGGUGCUGGAUGUGUAUAGUCGGGCGAUUACGAUGACGUGGUAUAUUGCUCUUGGGACGAUCUGCUUUGGUGUUGUUCCUGCGGUCUGUAUGGAGUGGAGGGAAAUUAAGAGUAAGAAGAGGGUGGAUAAGGGGGGCAAAGUGGCGGCCACCGGGGAUGGCAGCGAGCACAAGAAGAAGCCUGAUGUGGAACGAGAUUGCUUGAGUGUGCAGUACACAGCUCCAAGCAUUUGUAACAAAUUCAAAUAG